GGCCAUGGGGGGAUCCAAGAGUAAGCCCAAGGAUGUCGGCCAUCGAACCCGCAGCCUCGAGGGCACCCUCAGCUCCGGAGGGGGAGCCGGCGGACACCACUCCAACCAACAGUCCCUCACACCCAACCGUAAUGCUGCUAUGGAUGGUCCGGGGGGCAAUCCGUCCAUGACCAAAACCUCAGAGCUGACCCUGUUUGGAGGCGUGGACAAUAACGCUGUCACCUCUCCCAACAGAAUCACACUAGCAGGAGGCGUGACGACCUUCGUGGCUUUGUAUGACUACGAGUCUAGGACGGCCUCAGACCUCUCCUUCAGGAAGGGCGAACGCCUCCAGAUAGUGAACAACACGAGGAAGGUGAACUGCAGAGAAGGCGACUGGUGGCUGGCUCGCUCCCUGACCACUGGAGAGAGCGGUUACAUCCCCAGCAAUUAUGUGGCUCCAUCUGACUCCAUCCAGGCAGAAGAGUGGUACUUUGGCAAAGUCACUCGCCGCGACUCUGAGAGGCUGCUGCUAAGUUUAGAGAACAGGAGAGGGACUUUCCUGGUGCGAGAGAGUGAGACCACCAAAGGUGCCUAUUGUCUGUCUGUGUUGGACUAUGACAACACCAAAGGGCUGAAUGUGAAGCACUACAAGAUCAGGAAGCUGGACAGCGGAGGCUUUUACAUCACAUCACGCACACAAUUCAGCAACCUGCAGCAGCUGGUCAACCACUAUCGCAAGCAUGCUGAUGGGCUGUGUCACAGUCUAUCAGACAUUUGUCCGGUUCUGAAGCCUCAGACUCAGGGCUUAUCUAAGGACGCCUGGGAGAUCCCCAGAGACUCCCUCCAUCUGGAUCUGAAGCUCGGACAGGGCUGCUUUGGAGAGGUCUGGAUGGGAACGUGGAACGGUACAACACGGGUGGCAAUAAAAACCCUGAAGACCGGCACCAUGUCCCCCGAGGCCUUCCUGAUGGAAGCUCAGGUCAUGAAGAAACUGAGACAUGAAAAGCUGGUCCAGCUCUACGCCGUGGUGUCGGAGGAGCCCAUCUACAUCGUCACGGAGUACAUGGGACAAGGUAGCUUACUGGAUUUCCUGAAAGGCGACAUGGGUAAAAUGCUCCGCCUCCCUCAGCUGGUGGACAUGGCCUCACAGAUUGCUUCGGGGAUGGCGUAUGUUGAGCGGAUGAACUAUGUGCACAGAGACCUGAGAGCUGCUAACAUCCUGGUGGGAGAUAACCUGGUUUGCAAAGUGGCUGAUUUUGGUCUGGCUCGCCUCAUUGAGGAUAAUGAAUAUACUGCUAGGCAAGGAGCCAAGUUUCCCAUCAAGUGGACGGCUCCUGAGGCGGCUCUGUACGGCCGCUUCACCAUUAAAUCUGACGUGUGGUCCUUCGGGGUCCUGCUGACUGAACUGGCCACCAAAGGACGAGUGCCCUAUCCAGGUAUGGUGAACCGGGAAGUGUUGGACCAGGUGGAGCGCGGAUACAGGAUGCCGUGCCCAGCAGAGUGCCCUGAAUCCAUGCAUGAUCUGAUGCUGACCUGCUGGAGGAAAGAGCCCGAGGAGAGGCCCACCUUCGAGUACCUGCAGGGCUUCCUGGAGGAUUACUUCACCUCCACAGAGCCUCAGUACCAGCCAGGAGAGAACCUGUAACUGGGCUGAACGUGGAAAUGUGCAUGUGUCACGCAUGUGCAAACUGAGCAUGUGCAUCUAUCUACUUCAGAGUGCAUGGACAAGUAUGUGUGAGGGGAUGUAUGUACAGAAGAACGGGGCAGAAAGCCGGCUGCAAUCUGGGUCCAAAGGGUAAACAUCAAGGAGUAUCAGUGGGGCAACUAACUCAUCAGCAACAUUUAGUUCCUGCCUCUUUUCCAAAGUCAGCUCCAACAUGCCAGCUGUCAAAAGACUCACCUGUGGUAUUAUUCGUGCAUUUUUCAUACAGUACUAUGUAAUUUUGUCCGUCAGUCAAAUCACCAACAUACUAUACACGCCAAGCAGGUUCUUCUACCUUCCUUGUGUUUCUAAGGAGCCAUGGAGAUGUACAUUCCCUAUGCGCUGUCAGCUUCAACACUGCAGGUGGCACCAGACAAUGACAUAAAAGACUGCAUAGGGGUUAACCAUGGGGGGUCCAGAGAAUGAAUGUUGGAUCCAAGUGUUGCCCCGCUAAAAGCACCACUUCAGGAUGUCUAUUUUUACCCCAUUUUCUUUGGGACACUAUUCAAAAUGUGUAUGGUCAGUCUGUCUUCCAUUUUGCCACUUGAGAAGCAACUAUUUUGGUAUGUACAAUAACGUCCCAGGAUAUAGUGGGUUUUAUUUCCUUAUUAGACCUGGAUCGACUGGAAUAUAUUCAGGUGAACAUUGUUAUUUUGUAAUCAUGCUUCCCCUGUGCUUCAUUUCGGCUGGUUUCCAAACUGCUGUGAGAUGUAAUAAGAGACUAACACCCUUGAUUCUCAUAAGAGUGUGUAGUCUCACUCGCCAAUUGGACGAUUUGGUUUAUCGCUGUGACCAAUAUACAGCUCAACUCAAA